AUGUCCGAAGCAGAUCUUCUUCAACCGGAAAAUAUUGUUCGAGAACGAUGGAAAGUCACCAGUAAAAUAGGUGGUGGCGGCUUUGGUCAGAUCUAUGAAGCAUUUGAUACUGUCCUUAAAGAGAAUGUAGCACUUAAAUUAGAAUCGGCUAAACAGCCAAAACAAGUUCUUAAAAUGGAAGUAACAGUUUUACGUCGUCUACAAGGCAAAGAUCAUGUGUGCAAAUUUCUUGGCGGUGGGACAAAUGAGUUGUAUAAUUAUGUUGUCAUGACAUUACAAGGAAAAAAUUUAGCUGAACUACGUCGUGGUCAAACAAGACAAUGUUUUACUUUAUCAACAUCAUUACGUAUUAGUUUACAAAUUCUUCAGGCUAUUCAGUCUAUACAUUCAAUUGGGUUUCUUCAUCGUGAUGUUAAGCCGUCGAAUUUUUCUAUGGGACAUUUACCGAGCACAUGUCGAAAAGUUUUUAUGUUAGAUUUUGGUCUCGCUAGAAAAUAUACGAAUGCCGAAGGUGGUGUUCGAGCAGCACGACCACAAGCAGGCUUUCGUGGUACUGUUAGAUAUGCUUCGAUCAAUGCACAUAAAAAUAAAGAAAUGGGUCGACAUGAUGAUCUAUGGAGUUUAUUUUAUAUGCUCGUUGAAUUUAUCACAGGACAAUUACCUUGGAGAAGAAUUAAAGAUAAAGAACAAGUUGGACAAAUGAAAGAUAAAUAUGAUCAUACAUUGUUUUUAAAAAGUCUUCCAUCAGAAUUUAAACAAUUUCUUGAGCAUGUUCAAAGUUUAAAUUAUGAAGAUAAACCUGAUUAUGAUUUAUUGCAAAAUCUAUUUCGCACAGCCAUAACACGUCGCGGUUAUAAAGAAUCGGAUUCAUUCGAUUGGGAACGAGAAGGUAACGGUAUCGAAGAUGAAAUUAAUACUAUUCCUGUGAUUCUGCCUGCUCCUCUUCAACUACAGCAACAAGCUCUAUCAAAUAUCCAUAAUAAAAAUUCUGUUGAAGCGACAAAAGCUGUUAUGACAGCUCCUCCAGGUGGCGCAUGUUCAACAACGAAUGCGCGUCAGCAAUCUACGGAAAAUGAUGCACUUGAUGAACGCUUGAAAUCACCGAAACAAACCAAUGUUGUAUCUGAUCAUUCGCCACGUCGAACUGCUCAAAAAAGUCUGGAUCGUAGUACACGACGAUCUGUUACACCUGCUCAAACAACAAAUACAACGGACAAAGAACUUUCGCUUUCGAAAAAGCAACCCCGUCCUGCUCUUACAACAGCUCAAAUGACCGAAUUAACACAACGUUUGAAGCGUUCAAAUGCAUCAAAAUCAAUUACAGGUGAACCUUUAGCGCCAACCAAUAGAUUAAUCGGCAAAGAAGAAUCGCCCGGUAGUGCAUCACAUUCCGAUUCAGGCAAAGGAAAAAAUGGUACGCAAAAUCGUUCGAAUCCAUUGAAAGCAUCGGACAUAGGUCUUUUUGAUGAAUCACCAUCACCAUUAGCUAUCAUGUCAACAUCAACCGGUGGUUUAGAACGUGGGAAACCACCAAAAACACCACGUGCAGCUCGAACAACAACAACAACAACAACAACAACAACCAGUCGCAGUGAUGUAGCAAUACCAGGACGAUCAACGAUGACACGCGGAGGUGAUAGCGAAGCCAUGUCAGUUCCAGCUGGAACAUUUGCCAUUAAACUUGGACCACAAACAAUCAUGUCACAAUGGGUUAUAUCACUUGGUGAGAAUAUUGAUGAAGAGGGCAGUGAUAAUCAGCAUAGUGCAAAAUGGGAAGAUGCACAAGAGAAACUUCAAAGUACGACUCAUGAACCAUCACAAUAUCAUCCAGCAGCAUCUUCAUUGUCUUUAGCUCCUGUGAAUAAUCCACUUAGUCCGUCCAAUAUGAACAGUCAAUCGGCAACAACAGUUAACAAUCUUCAAUAUCCAAUCGUUCAAGGUACGAAUUUGAAUAGUAACGGCAAUGACGGUCGACAACAACAACAGUAUCAUCGGCCACUAUUCAGAGGUGUCGAUGAAAAUUCAACUAAAGGCACAUUGAACAGUUAUGAUGAAAAAGAGAAUAAAAAAAAAGAAUCAGUUCUUCGAUCAAAUGAACGACCAUUAACUGAAACUCUUCCAUUUGAAAAUUAUCGAACAGUCGAUAGUGCAACAAAUAUUUCACUUGUUCGAAAUAAUAAUAAUAAUAAUAAUAAUUAUGUGAUUAAAAAUCGACUGUCCGAUGAUGAAGAUGGACAUUAUGGUGAUGUUGAUGACGACGAAGAAGAUGAUCGUGAAAAAGCCAAAAGAAGAAUGAACGAACAAAAUUUUUCACAACCGAGUAGGCAAUCAGAUCUCACCAAUGAUUCUUUUUCUAGAAAUAUAUUUUCAUCGAAAUUUAUAAAUUCUUCAGUUCAAUCUAGUCCCAAUAAUGCAACAAUAUUGAUGAUGAUGAAAAAAAAUCGGGACUCAUCCGUAGUUCUAGGAGAAAAGCAAUCAUCGAAAAAUGAUCACCGUACUAAUAUUUUUUCAUCAGGCUCAUCGAAAUCCCCGUCACCGUUAUAUGUUGAUGAACAACAAAAUAGAAUUCGUAGAUAUAAUUUUCUUCCUACUCGACUUCAUGGAACACGUUUCAUAGCGAAAUCUACUGAACAACUCAAUCGUUCGUUUGGUCAAGAUAAUCAUGUAAAUUAUUCAAUGCAAUCAACGGGCCCAUCAUUUCAAAAGUCAACAGCAGUAAAGUCUCCUACAGUAUCAGCUGUUAAACAAAGUUUUACACAACGAUAUACACCAUCAAAAACUCUAUAUAGUUCAAAUCAUAAUGACGAUAGUCCAAUCAUUAAUUCACGAUAUUAUGAAUAUAAUGAUGAAUCAAAAGGUGAUCAACAACGUUUUUCAAAUGGCACUAGAAAAUCAUUAUCAACAUUUGAUGUUCAUCGUGGUGAUGAUUUUCAAAAAAAAAUAAUGUUCUACGAAAAAAAUGGUUCCCCAAACAACAACAACAACAAUAAUAAUAAUAAUAAUAAUAAUAAUAAUGAUUCGUCUCGACGAUCGACUACCUUUCAACAAUCAUCAUCUAUUCCGUCCACUGCAACUUCACAAGAAAGACCAAAUUAUUCUACAAGCCUAUCCGAACAGAUGCAACGUAAUAAAUCUUCUAAAGAUCUAUUAGAUUCACCAAUUGCUCAUCCCGUUUAUCAUCAGCAACAACCAACAUCAUCAUUAUAUCCGUCCACAUCUUAUUAUACUAGUAAUAUAGCACCAAACAUGGUUGGUAGUAUGUUUGACAAUGGACCUCUAGACUAUCAAUCACAUCAGCCAUUAUUAUCAGUGAAUAAUUUGAUACCGGAUGAUGUGUCUAGUUCUUCUAUAGGUCAUUUACCUAAACCACCCCCUGGUAUACCCAGUCAAAAUGGAAGACGUCGUCGUUAUAAAGUCGAUAAUAUGAAUAAUCGCCAAAAAGAUCCCAGCAAUGAAGAUUCGUUAGAACGGUCACCAAUGACUUGA